CCUCUACGGUACCUACUCUACCUCGUAGGAUGGAAGUUGAGUAGAAUACGUAGUCGAUGGCAGCGUCACCAUGGAAGAGCAGUUUUUCUUCGCACAUCCACCACACGGACGCAAACACCAUCCACAGAUCCAUCCAUCCAUCCGUCCAUUUAACUGCCCGUCCAUCCACCCGCCCGCAUCUCUCGUGUGCAGUAUGCAAUGCACGUAACUACAUAACCACUCUACAUGAGUUUCUAUCCAGCCAUGCCCACGGUGCACGGAGGGGAGAAUCGGGAGGUGACAAUCGGGAGUCUACUCUACGUCUUCAUCUUCGUCUGUGCGGCGGCGGCGGCGGCGGCGGGGGAGCGGUCGACGGUCGUGAUUCGUGAACGAAUCGCACGCACAGAGAGACGUACACACACACAUACACACGCACACACCGGUUGCGGCACCACCCCCAUUCGUCCGGAUCCGAGGAGGAGGAAUUCUCCUCUCCAUCUUGGAUGUUUUUUUCCUUCCUUUUUCCUUCUUGAAUCUUUUCUUUUUUCUUCGCGUUUGCGAGCUGCUGCGUCUCCGGCGCUCGUUCGCGAGCUCGCUGGAAUCGAGAUCGAAACGAAACAAACUGGACUACGAGAACGGGAACGGGAGAAGGAAAAAGACAAGAAAAGAAAGAAAACUCCGUCCCUCGAACUGCCGGGGAAUAUCGGGGUCGAGUUGUGUUCAUGUGGUGUGCACUGGGUGCUCUAACCAAGUAACCAAGGACCUAACCAAGCAACCAAGCAGCA